GCCAGGUGGUUUCUAAGCCCGUCACUUGCUUCUGCGAACACAUAUCUAAUCACCAACCUGCUCGUCUAUCUCCUAGCCUUUAUUCGGGCUGCUCAACUGCAAUCUUCAUCGUCACCAACUGCUUUGCCGUCGCCAUCAUAAUUCCACUCCGCCGACCUCGACCCACCUCCACAUACCUGGCCUGGGUGGGAACCUUUGUGGCUGCCAGGGUCAAUCGGUCAGAGCUGGCUGGGGCUUCCAAGAUCCGCACGAUUUGCCUUGACUCGAUCCCAAGGGGAGAAGAGGCCCCUUGGACAAGCUAUCCCCCCCCUGGAGCCGAGGUGGAACGCCACGUCGCAGCAGUGGCAGCGAGCCAGGGGCCCCCAAAUAUAGGUGGCAGUAACCACGGCUGAAGCCGCCGCUCCCGCUCCCGCACAAGCCGAGCUAGCUCAGCAAAGCGCACAGCACACAGCACGCAGCAGCGACAGCCUCCUCGCCGCCGAGGCCAUGUCGUUCGCAGUGCCCAAGCAUGUGCCGUCGUCGUUUGGGAACCCACAGCAGCGAGAGUUGGAAGACCAUCUGUGGGCAUCCUCGCGCGCACAACAGCAGCAGCACCAGCGCCACAUCCACGGCGGCGUGCUUGGUGGCGUUCAGGACCGCGUCGGCGGCUUCUUCGACCCAGCCCGCCGGGCCGCCCUCCCGAUGUACAAAGACAAACCAUACGCAUACCCGCCCUCCCACCGCAGCCGCCCCAUAUACCGGUCCAAACGAGGAGUCGGAUUCCUGUUCCUGGCCGUCAUCGGCCUCUUCUACCUGAGCGGCGCCUUCGAGGAGCACAGGGAAAAGGUCACGAAGCCGUUGCGGGCCUGGUCAUGGCCCCCUAACGGCGGCAAAACGGCCCUGGGCGCCAAGGUCGAUUGGCUACAACGGAGGGCGCGCGUGGUCGAUGCGUUCGAGCUGAGCUGGGCCGCCUACGAGCGGUACGCGUGGGGCUACGACGAGUUCUAUCCCGUCUCCAAGCACGGACGGCAGAUGGCCAAGAGCGGGCUGGGCUGGAUCAUUGUGGACUCGCUCGACACCAUGAUGCUCAUGAACCUCACGGCGCAGCUGAGCCACGCGAGGCAGUGGAUCUCCAAGUCGCUGACGUACGACCAGGACCAGGACGUCAACACGUUCGAGACGACGAUACGCAUGGUGGGCGGGCUGCUGUCGGCGCACUACCUCUCGACCGAGUUCCCCGACAUGGCUCCGCUGGCCGAGGACGACCCCGGCACGCCCGGCGAGGACCUGUAUCUGGAAAAGGCCAAGGACCUGGCGGACCGGCUCUUGUCGGCGUUCGAGACGCCGUCGGGCAUCCCGCUGGCCAGCGUCAACCUGGGCAAGUUCCAGGGCAUCGCGUCGCACUCGGACGCGGGCGCAUCGUCGACGGCCGAGGCCACGACGCUGCAGCUCGAGUUCAAGUACCUGGCCAAGCUCACGGGCGAGAAGAUGUUUUGGGACAAGGCCGAGAAGGUGAUGGAGGUGGUAGACGGGUUGAACGAGUGGGACGGGCUGGUGCCCAUCUACCUGGACCCGGCCACGGGCAAGUUUCGGGGCGAGAACAUCCGUCUAGGCAGCAGGGGCGACUCGUACUACGAAUACCUGAUCAAGCAGUACCUGCAGACCAACAAGAAGGAGAAGGUGUACAGCGACAUGUGGCACGAGGCCAUGGGCGGGGUGCGCAAGCACCUGGUGUCGUACACGGAGCCCUCGGGCUUCACCAUCAUCGGGGAGCGGCCCGACGGGCUCGGGCGGCCGCUGUCGCCCAAGAUGGACCACCUGGUCUGCUUCAUGCCCGGCACCAUCGCGCUGGGGGUCACGGGAGGGCUGACCGAGGCCGAGGCGCGGCGGCUCAAGACGUGGACGCGGCAGGACGAGGCAGACAUGCGGCUGGCGCGGGAGCUGAUGCACACGUGCUGGGGCAUGUACAAGUACAUGGCGACGGGGCUGGCGGCCGAGAUCACCUUCUUCAACGUGGGGGACCCGGCCGCGCGCGAGGGCGACGCGCACGCGACGCCGCCCGACCACUUCUCCGAGGACCCCCAGGCCAAGUGGCGCAAGGACUACGUCGUCAAGGAGGUCGACUCGCACAACCUGCAGCGGCCCGAGACGGUCGAGAGCCUCUUCUACAUGUGGCGCAUCACGGGGGAGAACAAGUACCGCGAGUGGGGGUGGGAGAUGUUUGCGUCCUUUAUGGAGCACACGGCCGUGCCCGACGGCGGCGGCUUCACGAGCUUGUCCAACGCCGACCAGAUGCCGCCCGUGACGCGCGACAACAUGGAGAGCUUCUGGCUAGCUGAGACGCUCAAGUACUUUUACCUCCUGUUCUCGCCCAACGACGUGCUACCGCUGGACCGCAUAGUCAUCAACACCGAGGCGCACCCGUUCCCUCGCUUCGACAUGGGGCCGCUAUUCUCGACGGGCUGGAGCCGAAAGGCGCGGGGGAGCGGCGACGGCGGCAGCAAGAAGGACGCCAAGAGCACGCAUUAGAUGGUCAGAUAAGAGCAAUGUCGGAGUACAUGGUAUGGGAUCUGUGUUGCAUUUUUUGUUUGGGUUGGUUGGCCGAGCUCGGGUAAUGAUAUAAAAUACAUAAAAUGUCGGCCCGGACAGGCUGGGAGGUCGUUUGGCAUUUUGUAGCAUUUCCAGUUGGUACCGAUCUUAUUUUCUUGGCUUGUUUUGGGUGCUACCCGAUGCUACGUGAAAGUGCCAAAGCGAAGGAGCGCAGUUGUUAGUGGCUUUAUGGGCAGGUGCCAGUCGCGUG